CUGAUAAGCAUUACAGUCAUACUUUACGCUUUAUCACAUAAGAUCUCAUUUUAUUUUGGAUAAGAGAGAUAAGUGCUUUCUUAAGUAUAAGUACUUUGUUAAUGAGAAUUGCACUUUUUGCAUUAUGAUAAUGAGAAUUUACAUGAUAGGUCUGUUUAAAUCUUAACCGGGUUUCAUGAGAUUACCCAUAAUGCUAAUAAUGGUUUACAGUCUUUUGUCUGAACUUGUCAAUAUAAUAUUCUUUUCUUUGUGCAAUCAUUUGUAGAUUUUAGUAUAACGUUAUAUUUUUAAAGGGGUUAAUGAAUAUAUCUUUUAAUGAAUUAUUAAUAAUCUCUGCAUUAUAUUAACUAUUCUAAUACAUUUUUGAUGUUUGUUGCUUAUCUUUGGUUUGGAAUGACAUCUACGCCUGUUGCUUUAUUGUGUAAGAGGAAGUUAGCCUAACAGUGUUUUACAAUGUUACAAAAUAUGAUAUCUGAUUGAGCCCAAUGCAACCUUAUGUGAGGAAACCAGAAUGAAAGAUGAAACCUUCGAGUUUUGUACCGUGUGUAUGCAUGUGGUGUCAUUUUGUCGAAAGGCAUUAAAAUAGUUAAAAUUAAAAUGUUUAAAAUUCAUUAAAAUAACACACAUAGGCCAACUAUUAACUUUAGUUUAUGUGCCAACCAAUAUCUGUUAGCAUAAGGAUGACAGCAUAUUAAUUUGCAUACAUGAUGCUUUAAUUUAAAAAUGUGUCCUUAAUAUUUUUAUGUAUGUCAGCAAUAAGCAGCUAUAUAUUCAUAUUGAAUUACAUUUCUUAUUAGGAUACUAUACAGUGUGAUCAGUAGUAGCAGAUUAUAGACAGCAUUGAAGUGUUACAAACAUUUAUUGAAACCUUUAAACCUUAUUUUAAAACCCCAAUUUUACUAACCUUUUUUUUUUUUUUUUUUUUUUUUUUUUUGAGGUGGGUCAAAUGCAUGAUAUGGAUUUUAUUGUAAGAGGAAAUUCAAUGAGGAACAAUGGGUAACUGUCUUCCCUUGAGCUCAAUUAUUAGCAGAACCUAUGCUCUCAUAAAAAAAGAAAGUUUAUUUUUUAACAGCUGUAACUGCUUGCCUGAGUAAAAUGGAACUGAUCUGAACUGAGCUACGGGUUACUGUUAUAUAUGAAAGUAACACUCGUUUAGCUAUAAUCUUCCUGCUGCAUGUGACAUCCUACUUCUAUCACUGAGUUCAAGUUUUCACUGUGAGGUUUACCACAACCAUCAACGAGGGUGGAGCUUAUGGUGUGAGACACACACAAAAAGCAUCAUCAAGAGUACUGUCACUCUUGUCAAAGCUGAAAGUGAACUUUAAUGUGACUGUAAUUGAUACCUUGAACAUUUCAUACACCACAGGGGCAAAAGUGAAUCUCACUGCAGGUGACAUGACGAAGUACACGACAGAUUCGUAAUGAGGAGUGUCAAUUACCCCACACGUAAACCUGCAGUGUGUGGAGGUGUUUGGAGCAGCUUUCAGAGAUGUUCAGUCUUUCCUUCAUGUAGGAGGACAUUUUGAAGACACCACAUGUGAGUUCAGCUCUGACUUCUAUUUGCAUCAUUACAAGGUUACAGCAACUUAGCUAAAAUGGACAACAGAUAACAGAACAGAUUUCCUGAACAGGUCCACCGCUACUCUGUUGGACCAAUGAUGAUGAAAGAAUCUCAAGAUGAAUUCACAACCAGUAAGAACAGAGAAAAUGCUGCUAGCACGGUACCCAAUGGGGUCUCCAGAGAUGAGACAAAAAACCUGAAUCUGCUGCAAGGUUUACGGUUGUGUCAGGAUGCGUGGGCUCCCAAGAGCCCCUGGGACGGUCAUGGGGCACAUGCCGCUCUGUGGGGCAGACCUGCUGGGAGUUUCUUGGUGGUCCAAGACUCUUCGUCUCAAGACCAGCUUCUGUGUGUGUCUGUAGGGGACAGAGGGGAGCCGGUCAAAGAAUUCCCCAUCUUGACCACUGGAACAGCUCUUCGCCUGACGGCAUCGCACUUGGCUUUCCCCGAUCUCUUUCAAUUGCUGCACUUCUACACACUGAGCAGGGAUGUUUUGCCUGUCUGUUUACUGGUUCCCUCAUGGGUUUACAACCUUAACAAUCUACCAGAUCAUCUCGUUCCUCUGCUUGGUCCAAAGACCUGGCUGUGUUCCCCUUCAGAUCCGCUGGUUAGCGGUAUGACUCCAGAAACACAAGAUAAUACAGAAUCACGAGAAACAGUCAUGUGUACUAUACAGGUUACAGCUGCCAGUGGUGCCAUGUGCUUCAUCAACCCCUUGUACCUUCAAGAGCACGGUGAUGAUUGGCUUGCUCAUUCUUCAGCCAGCCAAAUCAAUCUUCCAAUCAACUUGAGGCGAGACAGGCGGUUAAGUACCACAAGAGCAUGGACAGGAAGAGGACUGAAACAGAGGUCAUCUACACUAGCCGAUGACAGCUCUAGCAGUUUUGACAGUGAAAAAGGAUCAUUUGAGAAGAAUCCAGACUCUCCAGCUACCCCAGGUGGAGUUGUGCUUCGAAGGGCGAGCGGUGCCAGCAAGGAAGACUCCCUAAAAAGAGCAAGUGUUGACUCCAUUCAAAGCCCUCUCCCUCAGUCACCACAUCGUGUGUCGUGGAUAGAAGACAAGAUAUGGUUGAACUCAUCACUUCCUUCCUCUCUGCUUCAACCGCCCGGCUUAGAGCUGGACUCGCUAUCAGUCAGCAGUAUAGAGGAGGAGUCUGAACCAGCUUUAAGCCCCUCUCCAUCACUACCUUCACCCCGCUUCCACUUGGCAGAUAAGAUGAAGAACCGUCUCUCUGCAGUGGGUCAAGCUCUAGGUGGACUUGUGUCGCCACAGCGAAGACUGAGUAAACGUGUUCAGGAGAUGGCAGAACGGAAGGGUGGGGCUUUUGCAGAGGCUGUCAGGGGGUUUGUAGAGCAGACUCUUGCAAAUGGGGUCACUCCUGGAGUGACCUGCACCGAGAUGCUGCAGGAAGUGCGUUCGUCUCUCACUGCUUUGAGGGAAACCUUACUUGAUUAUUCAGAGAUCCAAAGCAUCACAGACAGCUUCGGAGACACUCCGGAUUUUGAGCUGGAUGCUAUGCUGGAGCUUGCCUUACAUAAAGUAGCUUUGAAGCCAGUUUACACUCACCUUUACGUGUGUCUAAAGACAGCACGCAGGGAUGAUGGCACUCUGCAGCGUUUAGAGGCCAAUAAGAGCACCCUGGAGAACCGCGAUCUGGAGGAGCUGGAAGGUGCAGCAGGGGCCGGGGUACCUGAUUCCAGCAUGAUGGAAAAGAUCCAGCAACGCUGGACUACAAUGCAUGAGGCCUAUUCACCCAGUAAAAAAGUUGACACCCUGCUCAAAGUCUGCAAGAAUAUCUACCAUAGUAUGAAUGCUAAUGCCAAGCCUGGUACGGUUUUUGGGGCAGAUGACUUCCUGCCAUGCCUGACGUGGGUGUUGCUGCGUAGUGAUGUAGCUACACUUCAGGUUGACACUGACUACAUGAUGGAGCUGCUAGACCCCAUGCAACUACAAGGAGAAGGUGGGUACUACCUUACGUCUCUCUACGCUGCCCUUUUUUACAUUAGCAGCUUCCGGCCUCGUCUAGCGAAGCGGCAACUCAGUGCAGAAGCUCACAGAUCACUCAGCCAGUGGCACCGAAGACGCACGCUGCACUGCAACCAAUCACGCCGCAGCAGAAAUCGCAGGACCAUCAGGAGACACGGACCGACAGAUGGAGGCCGUAAAACAUCGGAUGAACAGAACUCUUUAAAUGCGAGCACAGAAUCCAGCAGUCUGACUGACGUCAUGCCAGCCACCUCUAGCGUGCAAGAAACACUCCAGAAUUUGGAUGAAGAAUUAGAGGCGGUAAAGGAAGAAGAGGAUGGACAACAAAUACAGUCACCAGAGACGUUGCACCUCACCAGUUCUAAAAUAGAGGAUAAAGUGAGAGGUGAUGGAGUAUGCUGGAAAGAAGAUAACUAAAAAUCACAUUAUUUUAAAGGAAUGAGCAAAUGGUAUCGAAGAACUGAACUUUGAAAUUAAUAGAUUUUUCCAUGCCUUUUGCACCUCCCUUUCUUCAUGUGUUCAGUAAUUUUUCCCCAUGUCAUUCCAUUUUAUUACACAUAACUUAAUUUCUAAAAUUAUUUGUUUUGUUUUCUUUGUAUGUAUGGAUUACUUGGGUUGUUACCGACAUCUGGUGAACAUUUCAAGUUAACAGCACCUUUGGAAAUAUAUUUACUGAGAAAAAAGAUGAUGUGUUCAAUACUUACUUUACCCGCUGUACGUAGGCAUACUGUGAAUUCGCUGCCAUUUAUAGAAACCACUAGGUGGAGGUAUUGUAAUGUUUUUCGAUUAUUUUUUACCAAGAAAGAUUUUGAGUUCUGAUCGUGUUCAAAUAUUGAUUUGUAAAGGUAGGUAUGUGUUAUUUAUUUCAUUUAAGUUUAGUUUUUUGUUUUUUUGUUUGUUUUAUUUUAGACAGCAAUAUAUUGCAAUAUACUUUUUUUUUUAUCACAUCAUGUCUAUUUCUUGAACAGACAACACAUGAAUCACCCUUAGACAUGUUUAUCAUACAUACAUAAUUACAUUUUAAAAGAGCAAAAACAGGAGACUGUGUGUAAUAAUUCACAUUCUUUCUUUACACUUUGAUUUACAAUAUCACUUGGCAGUAUAUUGUGAAUGGUGCAAAUAAACACAUAUAAACAAUUAAUACAUUUAAAAAAUGUUUAUAUAGAAAAAAUCAUAUACAAACAUCCAACAAAAGCCUAGAGGAACAAGAUUACAAGCCCCAUUAUGUAUUCAGACAUUUGGCACUCAGUCUAAAUUUAAAUAUUACAGUCUAUUAAGCCUUUUCAUCUCCAGUAACAUCCAAAACUUAAGUCAUAAUUUAGAAAUAAACAAUCAUGCAUUUUUCCAAAAAAAAACAAAAAAAAAAAACAUCCAGCACAGGGCAUAAAUUACAUAACAGGACCUUCUCUUGUGUGUUGCUGAAUACACAGAUGGUUAAAGCCUGUGCUAUUUAAAGACUAAACAUAGCAACAAAGAGGAGCUGACUUUCAAAUACACACAUUCUGGAUUUGUGAUGCUUUGAUUGACAGCUUUGUAAGGAGUGUGAGCUAUAACGAAGUUGCAGCUAAUGGAGAUAAAUAGAGAAGUGCCGGUGGCAAAAUGCACCCCAACACUUUCAAACCAAUUAUUCUCUACAUUAAACCAAUGGAUGGAUCAUUAACAACCUGCCUGGAUUUUUCCUUUCCGUCUCACACACACUUUCACACUUCUCUUCAGUCACAGGCUCAAAAUGCAUGUAUCAUUUGCAGCAGCUUGUUCACGACAAUUGUGCUGAUAUUGCGCUGUG